AGAAAUUCGUGUGUUGUCAUUCUGGUGCGGUGGUGUGUGAGUAUUGUGUAUCUUGAGCGGACUAACCUACAACAUAAUGCGACUCUAGCGGACAUUAUCCGUGCCCCCCCCCCCUCUUCGCACUCGAGGCUCGUGGAACAUUAUUCUGUCAAGAAGUACCGAACUAAACCCACCAAAUACCGGCGAAUCCCUACGAAUAGAGCUUUCAGGCUAACCCGUUAGCCAUGGAGGAACGGAAGGAGGAGGGAGAAGCCGAGAUCCAGGAGCACGGCCCAGAGCACUGGUUCUCCAAGUGGGAGCGCCAGUGCCUGGCCGCCGCCGAACAGAGCGAGCCCCUGGGCGACGAGGAGACUGAGCAGAACCAACAGAAGCUGUGGCACCUCUUCCAGAACUCGGCCACAGCGGUGGCACAGCUCUACAAAGACAGAGAAUGCCAGCAGCAAGGCCUUUCCCUCUGGGUGCCCUUCCAGAAUGCAGCCACAGCCGUCACUAACAUGUACAAAGAGAGCAUGGAGGCCCGCCAGCGCAGCUACGACCUGGGGUUCCAGAUCGGCUACCAGCGCAGGAACAAGGAGGUGAUGGCCUGGGUGAAGAAGCGGCGGAGAACAAUCCGGCGCGAAGAUCUCAUCAGCUUCCUGUGCGGCAAAAACCCCCCUCCCAGGGCAGCCCGGGCCCCGCCCCGGGGAGCCAUAGUGGCCGCCAGCCGGCCACCUCCGCCCGAGACGGGCAGCUCCGUGGAGACGGACCUACAGCCCUUCAGAGAGGCCAUAGCCCUGCACGGUCUCAGCGGUGCCAUGGCGAGCAUCUCCGUGCGCUCUUCGGGCCCGCCGCCCGGCUCGCCCACUCACCCGGCGGUGGGGCCUCCCCACGGCCGUCGCCGCAAUGGCCUUCACGACGUGGACCUAAACACCUUCAUAGCCGAGGAGAUGGCCCUCCACCUGGAUUCGGCCGCCAACCGCAAGCGGGGCGCCGCCCCCUGCGGAGAUGUCAUCACGGACUCCCCUACGCAUAAACGCAACCGGAUGCUCUGAGCGCCCCUCCCCCCCCCCCCAAAACCGGCCGAUGAGAACUGAAACUCGGCCAUCCUAGCUGCAUCGCUACGUAUAAUUAAAGUAAAAUACUAUACUUUAUUUUGACACGUGCUCCAUUUUCACCUGCCUUUGAGUGCGCGUGUGUCCCAUUACUUUUGGUUACCAAGCAACACAUAUGCACUAUUUAUGUUUACACUCGUGUUUACAUUGGGAAUAACCCAACACAUACACAUGUGCCCCCAUUUUUUUUAGUUCACACAUGCUUUGUGUACAAUCUUUAUGUAAUGUGUGUAAAUAAUAAUAAACACGUAGGUGCUGUUAUUAUAUGUGGUAAAUAUUGUAAAGACAAAAAAGAUAAUGAAACGGGGGAUGUCCAUGUACAAUAAUAACCAAUUAUGACAAUAAAAGAACUACGAGUGUGGUGGUUAGUUGUACUUUUUUUAAAUUGGGAAAGUGCAAGAAAAUGUAACAAAUUAGCAAGAUUACACAGAAAAUGAAGUUUAAAUUGAGUCAACUCGCUAGUCAGAAGGAUUAUGUAAAAACCCUAGUUCGUAUCACUGCAUCAAUCAAUCAAACUUUGUUAGAGCUUAUCAUACAACAAAGAAUGCAACCCUA